AUGGCGGCGGUAACUCCCGCCCCUGACUGGGACAAUGCUAUUUUUCUUGGAAACAUCAAUAGAGAGUUGGAACCCCUUGAUGUGCAAGACCAAGUUCUUCAGCUACUGCUGUUCUUUGGUGUUAGUCUUAGCAAUGAUAGUCUUCAAGUUAAGUAUUCAAAGAACAGUGCAGCUUACAUUGCAUUUGUAAACCUUAGCAGCAGUGAUGAGCAGAAAUACGUUUAUGAGAAUCUAUCAAAAGAUUCGGGGAGACUUGUUGUCGAUACUUUGGUGCAAGAUGGGCGUAAUCUCAAAGUUGAUUACUAUAGAAAGCUUAAUGAGACAUUGCCCUCCAGUGCUGUUAUAGAGGAACAUGUAAGUAUCGUUCGUCCCAGCACCGCUCCCUCAUCUUCUACAGCAACUACCCUUAGUCAGGGUCAAGGCCAGCUUUUUGCUCAAGAGGAAGAUCAACUUGAAGUGCACGGCCAUAGUUACCAGUUUCAAGAAAGAAGGUCUGUUACCAGACACUCAUUGGUCGCAGAGUCGGUCAGAAAUGAUGAACUUGGUAAUUAUAGCAUGCAGCAUGACCAGAUUAGAGUGACACCAAUACCACUCAGAGAUGAUUAUGGCCCUCGUCCUCAUCCUGAAAGUCAAAAUGGUAAUCAAGAGCAAGCUGAAGCAAUAGUCUCAAGAGAUAUUGCUACUUCAGAGAAUUCUGACAGGACUGGUGCAAACGGUUUUAGGAAUGCCCCACCUCCAGACUCAAGUAUUGUUGAACCAUGCGUGUCUGCACGAACAUUUAAAAAGAGGAGACGAAAACGAAGAAACAGAAGUAGAAAUAGGCAAUUACCGACAUCGGAUUCUGACACAGACGAUGAUCGUGUUAGUACAGGAACUUUUACGGUUGAGGAUCAACAAAUAUCUCUCAACAAUACAUAUACACUGGACGACAACGAGGCAGUGUUAGCUACAACCAGUGCAGAUAGAAGAAACAACUCAAGACCACCUAGUCGACUCCCACAAUUGAAAAACCGACCUCUUAAAACUACUGAACAGCUUGGAAGGCUGAAGAAACUGGGACCCACUACAGAAGCAAGUGCAAAGCCACAUCAAAGUGUGGGCAUAAUCCCGAAGACCGCUCCACAUAUUCUUUCGAAGCCAAUACAGUCACCACCAAAGCCAUCGCAGUCACCACCAAAGCCAUCGCAGUCACCUCCAAAACAGGCACAGUUACCACAGAAACGGUCACAGUCACCACAGAAACGAUCUCAGUCACCACCAAAACAGCUAACAUCCAAAUCAAAAACCACUGAGGGUCUAUCAUACUCAUUGGGCCAGAAAUUAGGAAAUGAAAAUAGACAUUUAGAGUUUAAAACUGGCGGUGGCGAGUACUUGCGAAAAAUUUUAAAAGAACAUAUCAGUAAAUACGUGUGUGGGUUUCUUAAUAGUGAAGGUGGUUCCUUGCUAAUUGGAGUUGGAGAUGAUGGUACUGUACAUGGGGUGCAUUGUGAUCAGAUGAAAGAAGACCGAGUCAGACGAGAUGUGGAUUUUGUUAUCAAGAUGUUCAAACCCCAUAUUUUCCCUGAAUUGUACUCUAUUAAUUUUAUUCCUGUUAGAAAUCAACGAUUGGGAUCUCUAAAGGUUGUCAAGAUAACAGUGAAAGAAGGCAUAUCCAACACAUUGUAUGAGAACGGUAAAGGCGAGGUGUAUAUAAGAAGAGAUGGCAGUAUACAGGGACCACUUAAAGCUCAUGAAAUUAAGGAAUGGUGUAGAAUGACAUUUAGUAAAGAGGUGGACACAUUGAAGAAGCGAGAAAAGUUACUUGAAGCAGAAAUUGAAAAACAGAAAGAGGUUGAAGCCCAGCUGCGAAUAGAUCUGUCAAAAAAUCAAAAAAAUUCCAAAGUCUGUGUUAUUCUUUGAAAGCAGUAUUUACAUAUAUGUAACUUAACCUUUUAAUUAUAUAGUAUCGUAUUUAUUCUAUAUAUUAGAAGCGCAUUUAGAAUAAAAAUUACAUUUGUUAUAUACUAUGAGGUUAUUAUGAGGAUACCGAAAAGUGUGCUUAAAGACAGUACAGCGGGAGUAUCGAUCGACCGAUG